CUCCGGGGCUUCAGGCUCAAUCUGUGGCCAGCAGCAGCAGAGGUGGUGGGGAGGAGAGGAACAUUUGAUCCACUUCUUUAUUUCCUCCUGUGGUUGCUUCUUCACCGGGGCAGGCAGAACAAAGGGGGGACAACUGCAUGAUUAGAGGCGCCGGCUCUCCUUCAUCUCGACUGCAAGCCAGGCUAGCUUGAUGCUCAGUUCAGCCUGCUAGCCUUUGUGGCAGGGCUGUCCAUGCAUCCAAGGAGCCCCUGAGCAACCCCGGGCUGGGAGAAGCCUGUUUCUCUAUUUUUUUUUUUUUUUUUGCUUUGACAGUCUUCAAAAACUGUGCUCCGAUCCGAGUGGGCAGACAGCAGCAUCCUUGUCAGCUUCAUUGCGCACCCAGAAAGCGGAUUUCCACUGAGGAGCAUCACUGCCUGGGCACGGUUACACGUCGUCGCCGGUCUGCAACCUCCAGCUUGACAGGACCAAGAGGCGAUUGAUGAGAAUAAUCUCUCAAGAUAGGCUACAAUGUUGCGCACCACGGCCAACAUGUUGGCAACAGGAUUGCUUUUCUUGGGAUUGUUGCACAGUUUGGAAGUAAUCGCUCCGGGAAGAGCUAUUGAUGCCCCGAAGACCUGCAGCCCAAAGCAGUUUGUAUGUAAAGAUGGGGUGACGUGCAUCUCUAAGGGCUGGCGCUGUGAUCGGGAGAAAGACUGUCCAGACGGCUCCGACGAGGAGCCUGAUGUUUGUCCAUACAGCAGCAUAUCGCGGUGCCCUCCCAAUGAGUACCAGUGUGGAGGAACAGAACUCUGCAUCCACAUGAGCAAACUGUGCAACGGAGCUCCAGACUGUACAGACGGCUGGGAUGAGGGACCACACUGCAGAGAGUUUAUGUCCAACUGCUCACUCACGGGAUGUCAGGAAAACUGUGCGGUGACUCCAGCAGGGACUGCUUGUUACUGUAAGAGUGGUUAUGAGAUCAGCCCAGAUGGAAAGACAUGCAAAGAUUUUGAUGAGUGCAGUGUGUACGGGACCUGCAGUCAGUCCUGUACCAACACUGAAGGUGGCUACACCUGCUCCUGUGUGGAGGGCUACUUGUCCCAGCCAGACAACCGCUCGUGCAAGGCCAAGAAUGUGCCAGUAGACCGUCUGCCUGUCCUGUUGAUUGCCAACUCCCAGAACAUCCAAGCCACCUCCCUGAGCGGCACCUCAGUCCACAACCUGCUGUCCACCAGCACCAAACAGACUACAGCCAUGGACUUCCUCUACACAGAGGAGACCGUUUGCUGGAUCCACGUGGGAGACUCCCCCUCAUCCACACACCUCAAAUGUGCCAAGAUCCCCAAUCUGAAGAGCUUCACAGAGGAGAGAGUCAUCAAUAUCUCCCUCAGUCUGCACCAUGUGGAACAGAUGGCCAUCGACUGGCUCACCGGAAACUUCUACUUUGUGGAUGACGUGGAUGACAGGAUCUUCGUGUGUGACAAGGACGGGCAGACAUGUGUCACACUCCUGGACCAGGAGCUGUACAACCCUAAAGGCAUCGCCCUGGACCCCACCAUGGGUAAGGUAUUCUUCACAGACUACGGUCAGAUCCCUAAAGUAGAGCGCUGCGACAUGGAUGGCCAGAACCGGACCAAGCUUGUGGACAGUAAGAUUGUAUUCCCCCACGGCAUCACACUGGACCUCGUCAGCAGGCUGGUGUACUGGGCUGAUGCCUAUCUGGACUACAUUGAGGUGGUGGACUAUGAAGGCAAGAACCGGCACACCAUCAUCCAAGGCCUGCUGAUCGAGCACCUCUACGGGCUGACUGUGUUUGAAAACUAUCUGUAUGCCACCAACUCAGACAACGCUAACAUGCAGCCUAAAACCAGUGUGAUCAGGGUCAACCGCUUUAACAGCACCGACUACCAAGUCGUGACCAGGGUGGACAAGGGAGGGGCACUGCAUGUCUACCACCAGAGACGCCAGCCUCCAGUUCGUAGCCAUGCAUGUGAGGUGGACCAGAAUGGGAAGGCUGGUGGCUGCUCGGACAUCUGUCUGCUUGGUAACGGCCAUAAGACUCGAACCUGCCGCUGUCGCUCUGGGUUCAGCCUGGGCAGCGACGGAAAGUCCUGCAAAAAACCUGAGCAUGAGCUCUUCCUGGUCUAUGGUAAAGGUCGCCCAGGGGUCAUCAGGGGCAUGGACAUGAACGCCAAGGUGCCAGAUGAGUACAUGAUCCCCAUAGAGAAUCUGAUGAACCCCAGAGCUUUGGACUUUCAUUCUGAGAGCGAGUUCAUUUACUUUGCCGACGCCACCAGCUACAUUAUCGGGCGGCAGAAAAUUGAUGGAACGGAGAGGGAUACCAUUGUAAAGGAAGGAAUCCACACAGUGGAGGGCAUAGCUGUGGACUGGAUGGCUGAUAACUUGUACUGGACAGAUGAUGGACCUAAGAAAACCAUCAGUGUGGCUCGGUUGGAAAAGGCUUCACAGACCCGCAAAACCCUAAUUGAGGGAAAAAUGACUCACCCUCGUGCCAUUGUAGUGGAUCCUCUACAUGGGUGGAUGUACUGGACAGACUGGGAGGAGGACCCUAAGGAGAGCAAGCGAGGCAAAAUUGAGCGGGCUUGGAUGGACGGCUCUAACAGAAACGUGUUUCUGACCAGCAAAACAGUGCUGUGGCCCAACGGUCUGAGUCUGGACAUCCCACAGGGCAUCCUCUACUGGGUGGACGCCUACUACGACCGCAUUGAGAUGGUCUACCUUAACAGCUCAGAGCGCAAGCCGGUGUACGAAGGUCAGGAACUGAGCCACGCCUUUGGUCUGUGUCAUUAUAAACACUUCUUGUUCUGGAACGAGUAUCGUAGUGGCAGCAUUUACAAGUUGGACACCACCACUGGCACCGCUACUCUGCUGCGCAACGAGAGACCGCCCAUCUUUGAAAUCCGCAUGUAUGACGCUCAGCAGCAGCAAGGCUCUAAUGCGUGUCGUGUGUACAAUGGUGGCUGCAGCAGUCUGUGUCUGGCCAUACCAGAAGGCAGGCAGUGUGCCUGUGCAGACGACCAAAUGCUAGAUCCAGCUGACAACACCAGCUGCAAAGCCAACCCGUCUUACGUACCCCCUCCUCAGUGCCAGCCUGGAGAGUUUGCUUGCAAGAACAACCGCUGCAUCCAGGAGCGCUGGAAGUGUGAUGGAGACAACGACUGUCUGGACAACAGCGACGAGGCUCCUGAGCUUUGCCUGGCUGUGUGAUGGCGACAAUGACUGUGGGAACGACGAGGACGAAUCCAACACCACCUGUUCAGCUCGUACCUGCCCGCCUAAUCAGUACUCGUGUGCUAGUGGCCGCUGCAUCCCUAUUUCCUGGACGUGUGACCUGGACGAUGACUGCGGUGAUCGGUCGGACCGCCCGGCUACCUGUGCCUACCCCACAUGUUUCCCCCUCACCCAGUUUACCUGCAACAACGGACGCUGCAUCAACAUAAACUGGCGCUGUGAUAAUGAUAACGACUGCGGGGACAACAGUGAUGAGGCAGGCUGUAGUCAUUCCUGCUCCAGCGCUCAGUUCAAGUGUAACAGCGGCCGCUGCAUCCCAGAUUACUGGACCUGUGACGGGGAUAAUGACUGUGGGGACUACAGUGAUGAAACCCACGCAAACUGUACAAAUCAGGCCACACGUCCCCCCGGAGGUUGUCAUACAGAUGAGUUUCAGUGUCGAAUGGACGGCCUGUGCAUCCCCUUGCGUUGGCGCUGCGACGGGGACACUGACUGCAUGGACCUGAGCGAUGAGAAGAACUGUGAGGGCGUCACACACAUGUGCGACCCAGCUGUCAAGUUUGGCUGCAGGGACUCUGCACGCUGUAUCAGCAAAGCCUGGGUGUGCGACGGAGACAGCGACUGUGAGGACAAUUCUGAUGAGGACAACUGUGAAGCGCUGGUGUGUAAGCUCUCUCACCAUGUGUGUGCCAACGACUCCACCAUCUGCCUGCCUGCAGAGAAACUUUGUGAUGGCACUGAUGACUGCCCAGAUGGCUCUGAUGAGAAACUCUGUGACCUCUGUUCACUGGACAAUGGCGACUGCAGCCAUAACUGCACAGUGGCCCCUGGCGAGGGGGUGAUCUGUUCCUGUCCACUGGGCAUGGAGCUAGGGUCCGACAACAAGACCUGUCAAAUCCAGAGCUUCUGCGCCAAACACCUUAAGUGCAGUCAACGCUGCGAACAGGACAAGUUUAGUGUAAAAUGUUCUUGUUACGAGGGCUGGGAACUGGAGCCUGACAUGGAGAACUGCAAAAGCACGGAUCCUUUUAAACCCUUUAUCAUUUUCUCAAACCGCCACGAGAUCCGCCGCAUUGAUCUGAAUAAAGGAGAGUUCAGUGUGUUGGUACCAGGUCUGAGGAACACCAUUGCCCUCGACUUCCAUCUCAGCCAGAGCGCCCUCUAUUGGACUGACGUGGUGGAAGACAAGAUCUAUCGUGGCAAGCUGUCUGAGAAUGGAGCUUUAACCAGCUUUGAUGUGGUGAUCCAGUAUGGCCUGGCUACCCCUGAGGGCUUGGCAGUGGACUGGAUAGCAGGAAACAUUUACUGGGUGGAAAGCAACCUGGAUCAGAUAGAGGUGGCUAAGUUGGAUGGCACCAUGAGGACCACGCUGCUGGCUGGGGAGGUGGAACACCCUCGAGCUAUAGCUCUAGAUCCCCGGGAUGGAAUCCUCUUCUGGACAGACUGGGAUGCCAGCUUGCCCAGGAUUGAAGCCGCAUCCAUGAGUGGAGAAGGCAGAAAGACCAUCCAUAAGGAAACUGGCAAUGGGGGCUGGCCAAACGGACUCACUGUGGAUUAUCUUGAGCGCCGCAUCCUCUGGAUUGAUGCCAGGUCUGAUGCUAUUUAUUCAGCCAAGUAUGAUGGUUCUGGGCUGAUCGAGGUCCUGAGGGGACAUGAGUAUCUGUCACAUCCCUUUGCCGUCACUAUGUAUGGCGGAGAGGUGUACUGGACGGACUGGAGGACCAACACACUAGCCAAGGCAAACAAGUGGACAGGAAGCAACGUCACUGUUGUCCAGAGAACCAACACACAGCCUUUUGACCUUCAGGUGUACCAUCCAUCCCGGCAGCCGCAGGCUCCUAACCCAUGUGCGGCUAAAGAUGGCAAGGAUCCCUGCUCUCAUCUAUGUCUCAUUAACUACAAUCAGACAUUCUCGUGUGCCUGUCCUCACCUCAUGAAGCUGGGCCCUGACAAGCGCACUUGCUAUGAGUCUCGUCAGUUCCUGCUGUAUGCUCGCCAGAUUGAGAUCAGAGGGGUGGACAUAGAUAACCCAUACUACAACUACAUCAUCUCCUUCACUGUGCCUGGACAUUUCGACAACGUGGGACCGGUGCGUGGACUACGGACGCUCUGGGUGAGCACCCGGUAUCUCACUGUCAGCAUUAGAUUCAUUAAUGGCUUGUGGUGUUUAUUUUUAUUUUCUUCAGAUCUGCCCAACGCUCACCGGCUUGCAGGAUGGGUGUCCAGAAACCUGUUAUGGACCAGUUAUACUGCCAAUAAAAAGCAGAUUAAUGUUGCCAGACUUGAUGGUUCCUCAAAUGCUGUCAUGCAGGGCCUGGACACCACAUGCUGGUGCUGCUCAAUACUGGGGGGGAAACUCUACUGGACAGAUGGGGACACCAUCAACAUCGCCAACACAGACGGCAGCAACCGCAGCGUCCUCUUCACCAACCAGAAAGGACCUGUUGGUCUCUCCAUUGACUUUGACACUGAGCAGCUGUACUGGAUCAGCUCCGGAAACAGCACCAUCAACCGCUGUAAACUGGACGGCUCUGGACUGGAAGUGCUUGAGGGAGCAAAGGGCAAGCUCACCAAGGCUACUGCCCUGGCCAUCAUGGGAGAGAAGUUAUGGUGGGCAGACCAAGGAACUGACCAGAUAGGGACCUGCGACAAGAAGGACGGUGGCAGCUGGAAAGUCCUGAGGAACAGCACGUCCCCCAUGAUGCACAUGAAAAUCUACAAUGAAACUGUGCAGAAAGGCACCAAUCUCUGCAGUAAUAACAAUGGAGACUGUUCCCAGCUGUGUCUCCCCACCUCCCCAACCACCAGAGCCUGCAUGUGCACUGCAGGAUACAGCCUGCGCACAGGCCAGCAGUCUUGUGAGGGUGUUGGCUCUUUCCUUCUGUACUCUGUGCAUGAAGGCAUACGUGGUAUUCCUUUGGACCCAUCAGAUAAGUCUGAUGCGCUGGUACCAGUGUCAGGCACAUCCCUGGCUGUUGGCAUAGAUUUUCACGCCGACAAUGACACUAUCUACUGGGUGGACAUGGGCCUGAGCACCAUUAGCAGGGCCAAGAGAGACCAGACCUGGAGAGAGGACGUGGUCACUAAUGGCAUCGGCAGAGUGGAGGGUAUCGCUGUCGACUGGAUAGCAGGAAACAUCUACUGGACAGAUCAAGGCUUUGAUGUGAUAGAGGUGGCCAGACUGAACGGCUCCUUCCGCUAUGUGGUGAUCUCCCAGGGCCUGGACAAGCCUCGCGCCAUCACUGUCCAUCCUGAGAAAGGCUACCUGUUCUGGACAGAGUGGGGCCAGUAUCCGCGUAUUGAACGGUCUCGUCUGGAUGGCUCUCAGAGGGCUGUCCUGGUCAAUGUCAGUAUCAGCUGGCCCAACGGCAUCUCCAUUGACUACGAGGAGAGUCUGCUGUACUGGUGUGAUGCUAGGACGGACAAGAUUGAGCGUAUCAACCUAGAGACUGGAGAGAACAGGGAAGUGGUGCUGGCCAACAACAACAUGGACAUGUUCUCUGUGUCUGUGUUUGAGAGUUACAUCUAUUGGAGUGACAGGACACAUGCUAAUGGCUCCAUAAAGAGAGGUAGCAAGGACAACGCCACAGACUCUGUGUCUCUGAGGACUGGUAUUGGGGUGCAGCUCAAAGAUAUUAAGGUUUUCAACAGGGCCAGGCAGCAAGGAACAAACGUGUGCAAAGACAACAAUGGCGGGUGCCAGCAGCUUUGUCUUUUCCGUGGCAACGGACAGCGUACAUGUGCCUGUGCCCAUGGCAUGCUAGCUGAAGACGGCCGCAGCUGCCGAGACUAUGAUGGCUACCUGCUCUACUCAGAGCGCACUAUACUAAAGAGCGUCCACCUGUCAGAUGAAAACAACCUGAAUGCGCCCAUUAAACCAUUUGAGGACCCCGAGCACAUGAAGAACGUCAUUGCACUCACUUUUGAUUACAGAGGGGGUGGUGGAAAGGGAGCUAACCGUAUCUUCUUCAGUGACAUCCACUUUGGCAACAUCCAGCGGAUCAGUGACGACGGAUCUGACCGCAGGACUGUGGUAGAGAAUGUUGGCUCUGUGGAGGGCUUGGCCUACCACAGGGGUUGGGAUAUGCUGUACUGGACCAGCUACACUACCUCAACUAUCACCCGCCACACCGUGGAUCAGAGUCGAUGGGGCGCCGUUGACAGGCACACCGUGGUCACCAUGUCAGGAGAUGACCACCCCAGAGCCUUUGUACUUGAUGAGUGUCAGAGCCUCAUGUUUUGGACCAACUGGAAUGAGCAGUCUCCCAGUAUCAUGCGUGCCACACUGACUGGUGCCAAUGUCCUUGUGAUCAUUGGCAAUGACAUCCGAACCCCUAACGGCCUGGCCAUAGACCACCGUGCUGAAAAACUUUAUUUCUCUGACGCCACACUAGACAAGAUAGAACGCUGCGAGUACGACGGCACCCGGCGCUACGUGGUGUUGAAGAAUGAGCCGGUGCAUCCGUUUGGCCUGGCUGUGUAUGGGGACUACAUCUUCUGGACUGACUGGGUGAGGAGGGCGGUGCUUCGGGCUGACAAAUACACUGGAGGAGACAUGAAGGUGCUGCGUGCUGACAUACCUCAGCAGCCAAUGGGAAUCGUCGCUGUGGCCAACGACACCAAUAGCUGUGAAUUUUCUCUGUGCCGUGUUAACAAUGGAGGGUGUCAGGACCUGUGUUUGCUGACUUCUGAGGGAAGGGUCAACUGCAGUUGCCGUGGUGACAGGAAGCUUUUGGAGGACAACACAUGCAUAGCCCUCAACACUACAUGUAACAACAUUGAUGAGUUUGAGUGUGGAAAUGGAGACUGUGUUAACUACACCCUGACUUGUGAUGGCAUGGCCCACUGCAAGGACAAGUCUGAUGAGAAACAGUCCUAUUGUGCCAACCGUGUGUGUAAGAAGGGCUACAGGCGGUGUGUGAAUGGCCGCUGUGUGGGGCAUAGCUUUUGGUGCAACGGGCAGGAUAACUGUGGAGACAAUUCUGAUGAAGUCUUCUGUAACACCACACUCUGCUCAGCUGAUCAGUUCCAGUGCAGAGACGGAGGCUGCAUCUCUAACUCCAGCAAGUGUAACCAGAAAGUGGACUGCGAGGAUGCUAGUGAUGAGACGAACUGCACUGCCACGGAUUGUUCCAGUUACUUCCAUCUGGGAGUGAAGGGAGUGACAUUUCAGAAGUGCGAGUUCACCACACUCUGCUUUGCCCCUUCGUGGCAGUGUGAUGGAGCUAAUGACUGUGGAGACUUCUCUGAUGAAAGAAAUUGCCCAGGGAGUGGGAAAACAAAGUGUCCUACGCCCUACUUUGCCUGUCCUAGCGGACGUUGUAUCCCCAUGAGCUGGACAUGUGAUAAGGAGAAUGACUGUGAGAACGGUGCAGACGAGGCUCACUGUGACAAAUUCUGCUUGGCCUCUCAGUUUGAGUGUGGGAACCACCGCUGCAUUCCCAACCGCUGGGUGUGUGACGGGGCCGACGACUGUGGUGACAGCAGUGACGAGGACAGCAAGUGCAAGACAAAAACCUGCAGUCCCGAGGCGUUCCAGUGUCCUGGAUCACAUAUGUGUAUCCCUCAGGGUUGGAAGUGUGACGGAGACAAAGACUGUCCUGACGGGGCUGACGAGAGUGUCAAAGCUGGCUGUGUAUUCAACAACACGUGCAGCAGCAAUGAGUUCAUGUGCCAGAACCGACAGUGUAUCCCCAAGCACUUUGUGUGUGACCAUGACAACGACUGCAGUGACGGCUCUGACGAGUCCCAGGAGUGUGAAUAUCCGACAUGUGGAGCCAAUGAGUUCCGCUGUGCCAACGGGCGCUGCCUCAUCCAGAGUUCAUGGGAGUGUGAUGGAGACUUUGACUGCCAUGACCACUCAGAUGAAGCCCCCAAGAACCCACACUGCACUGGGCAAGAGAAGAAAUGCAACGAUACGGCUUAUGCCUGCAACAAUGGAAACUGUGUCAAUGAGACACUGCUCUGUGACCAUAAGGACGACUGCGGCGAUGGCUCAGAUGAGCUGAACUGCUUUAUCAACGAGUGCCUGAACAACAAACUGAGUGGCUGCUCCCAGCUCUGUGAAGACCUUAAAAUAGGCUUUAAGUGCAGAUGCCACCCCGGCUUCCGUCUGAAAGACGAUGGGAAGACGUGUGUCGACAUAGAUGAGUGCACGACCACCUAUCCCUGCACGCAGCGUUGCAUCAACACACACGGCAGCUUCCACUGUUUGUGUGUGGAGGGUUUCCAGCUUAGCCCUGAAAACCCUACCAUAUGCAAAUCCACCUCAGAUGAGGAACCUUUCCUGAUCUUUGCCAACCGUUACUAUCUGAGGAAGCUGAAUUUAGAUGGCUCCAACUACACACUGCUCAAACAGGGCUUGAACAAUGCUGUGGCUCUGGACUUCGACUAUCGCCAGCAGAUGAUUUAUUGGACAGAUGUGACCACCCAAGGCAGCAUGAUCCGACGCAUGCGCAUAAACGGCAGCGAUGUUCAGGUCCUUCAUCGCACAUCACUCAGCAACCCAGAUGGUCUGGCAGUCGACUGGGUAGGAGGAAACCUGUACUGGUGCGAUAAGGGACGGGACACUAUCGAGGUGUCAAAGCUGAAUGGAGCGUACCGAACAGUUCUGGUCAACAGCGGCCUGAGGGAGCCACGUGCUGUGGCUGUGGACGUACGUUAUGGGUACUUAUACUGGUCAGACUGGGGUGACAGUCCGCACAUAGGGAGGAUCGGGAUGGAUGGCACCAACAGGAGUGUCAUUGUAGAGGAUAAGAUCACCUGGCCCAAUGGCCUGACGCUGGACUUUGUCAAUGACCGCAUUUACUGGGCCGAUGCUCGAGAGGACUACAUCGCAUUUGCCAGCCUGGAUGGAACCAACAGACACACAAUUCUGGUUCAGGAUAUCCCCCACAUCUUUGCUAUGACUCUGUUUGAGGAGUACAUCUACUGGACGGACUGGGAAACAAAGUCCAUCAACAGAGCUCAUAAAACACUAGGAAUCAACAAGACCGUGCUGAUCAGCACCUUACACAGACCGAUGGACGUCCACAUUUAUCACCCGUACCGACAACCUGAAGUGGCCAACCACCCGUGCCAAAUCAACAAUGGAGGCUGCAGUAACCUGUGUCUGCUCUCACCUGGAGGAGGCUACAAGUGUGCCUGCCCCACUAACUUCUAUCUAGCAGCUGAUGGCAAACAGUGCUUGUCCAACUGCACUGCAAGUCAGUUUGUCUGCAAAAAUGACAAGUGCAUUCCAUUUUGGUGGAAGUGUGACACUGAAGAUGAUUGUGGGGACCGCUCAGAUGAACCUGCACAUUGCCCUGAGUUUAAGUGCAGACCAGGUCAGUUCCAAUGUGGUACAGGCAUCUGCACCAACCCAGCCUACAUCUGUGAUGGAGACAAUGACUGCCAAGACAACUCUGAUGAGGCCAACUGCGACAUCCAUGUGUGCCUGCCAAGUCAGUUUAAAUGUACCCACCCAAGUCGAUGCAUCCCUGGCAUCUUCCGUUGCAAUGGACAGGACAACUGUGGAGAGGGAGAGGAUGAGAAGGACUGUCCGGAAGUGACAUGCGCCCCCAACCAGUUCCAGUGUGCCAUCACUAAGCGCUGCAUCCCACGGGUGUGGGUGUGUGACAGGGACAAUGACUGUGUGGAUGGAUCUGAUGAGCCUGCCAACUGCACUCAAAUGACUUGUGGUGUGGAUGAGUUCCGCUGCAAGGACUCGGGGCGCUGCAUCCCAGCACGCUGGAAGUGUGACGGAGAGGAUGACUGCGGAGACGCUUCAGAUGAACCCAAGGAAGAGUGUGACGAACGAACAUGUGAGCCGUACCAGUUCCGCUGUAAGAACAACCGCUGCGUGCCUGGACGCUGGCAGUGUGACUACGACAAUGACUGUGGGGACAACUCUGAUGAAGACAAGUGUGUGCCUCGUCAGUGUUCAGAGAGUGAGUUUGCCUGUACAAAUGGCCGUUGCAUCGCCGGGCGCUGGAAGUGCGACGGAGACCACGACUGCGCUGAUGGUUCGGAUGAGAAUGGCUGUGAUGUGAAGUGUGACAGUGAUCAGUUCCAGUGCAAAAAUGGCCAUUGCAUCCCCAUCCGCUGGCGCUGUGAUGCUGAUGCUGACUGUGUGGAUGGCAGUGAUGAGGAGACAUGCGACAGUGGUAUGGGUAGACACUGCCCCCUGGAUGAGUUCCAGUGCAACAACACUCUUUGUAAACCCCUGGGCUGGAAGUGUGACGGCGAGGAUGACUGUGGCGACAACUCAGAUGAGAAUCCAGAAGAGUGCGUUAAAUUCCAGUGUCCACCCAUGAGACAGUUCCGCUGUCAUAAUGAUCGAGUGUGUCUACCGGUGUCAAAACGCUGUGAUGGCGUCAACAACUGUGGGGACAACAGUGAUGAAGCAAACUGCCUGCCUCCUUCACCACCAAUAUGUCAAAAGGAUGAGUUCCAGUGCUCUAACGGCCGUUGCAUCAGCACUGUCCUCCGCUGCAACUACUACAACGACUGCGAGGACUAUGGUUCUGAUGAAAUCCACUGCAAUAAGAAAGACACGGUGCUGAAUGACUGCCGCAGUAACAGGACAGUGUGUGGAGACGGAGAUGAAGCUCAUUGUGUGGUGAACGGCACCGACUCUUUCUGCUCCUGCAAACCUGGCUUCCAAUCUAAUGGACGGAACAGAUGUGAAGAUAAAAACGAGUGUAAGCAGUUUGGAGUGUGUUCCCACAUCUGCAACAACACUAAGGGAUCCCACAAGUGCAGCUGCCACAAGUACUUCACCAGAAUCAAUGAGACCUGCAAGGCUGAUGCUCCGAGACAAGUGCUUUACAUCGCUGAUGACAGUGAGAUCCGCAGCCUGGACCCUUCCAUGCCAAACUGGCGCUAUGAGCAGAUCUUCCAGGGUGACGCCAACGUGCGCAUUGAUGCCAUGGACCUUCAUGUGAAGACAAACCGCAUUUACUGGACAAACUGGCACACAGGACGCAUUUCUUCCUAUGAUUUGCCUUCUUCCUCCUCCUCCCCCAAUAGCAACCGUAACCGACGCCAGAGUGACUCAAGGGUUACAAACGUAGAGAUCCCUGAUCUGAAGAUGCCCCGUGGCAUUGCAGUGGACUGGGUGGCAGGGAACUUGUACUGGACUGACUCUGGAAGAGACGUCAUUGAGGUGGCCCAGAUAAGUGGAGGACGCCACCGCAAAACUCUCAUCUCCGGCAUGAUCGAUGAGCCUUACGCCAUUGUAGUCGACCCCCAGAGAGGGAAAAUGUACUGGGCAGACUGGGGGAACCACCCAAAGAUUGAAACCGCUGCUAUGGAUGGAACCAUGAGAGAGACGCUGGUGGAGGAAAACAUCCAGUGGCCAACUGGUCUAGCGGUGGACUACUUCAACGAGCGUCUGUACUGGGCCGAUGCUAAACUUUCCUUGAUCUGCAGUGUGAGACUGAAUGGCAGCGAUGCAGUUGUAGCUGUAAACAGCAUUAAGAACAAGCUCCACCACCCCUUCAGCAUCGAUGUAUUCGAGGACUACGUCUAUGGCGUCACCUACAUCAACAACUACGUCUUCCGAGUGAAUAAGUUCGGCAAAGGCCCCAUUGAGAACCUGACAACAGGAAUGAACCACGCCACAGAUAUUGUUUUGUACCACCGCUACAAGCAACCAGAGAUGGCUAAUCCCUGCGACAGGAAGAAAUGUGAAUGGCUGUGUCUGCUGAGCCCCAGUGGACCAGUCUGCACCUGUCCCAAUGGACGCACGCUGGACAACGGCACAUGUGUGGAACUGCCGACUCCCACUCUGUCUCCUCUCUCUCCUCCCAGUGGUCCCUGCUUGGUCCAGUGUAUGAACGGUGGCAGCUGUUUCCUGAAUGCCCACAAGCAACCCAAGUGUCGCUGCCAGCCUAAUUAUGGAGGCGAUCGAUGUGAGAUUGACCAGUGCAGAGACUACUGCAAGAAUGGAGGCACAUGCACACCCUCCCCUACAGGCUCUCCUACCUGUCGAUGCCUGACGGGCUUUACAGGGCCAAACUGUAACCUGCACACCUGUAAGGAUUACUGCAAAAAUGGAGGCAACUGCACAGUCAGUGCCGGAAACCAGCCAACCUGCCACUGCCCCUCUGACUUCCUGGGCGACCAGUGCCAGUACAGAAGUUGCGAAGGCCACUGCCUGAAUAAAGGCACAUGUCUACAGAGUGAAAAUGGCUCCAAACUGUGCCGCUGUUUGCCUCAGUACACUGGCAGCACAUGUGAGAUUGACAAGUGUCAUUAUUGUCGUGACGGCGAGUGUAUCCCCAGCAACAGUUUUACAUCUACAGGGGACUUCACCUGCCGUUGCACAAAUGGAAGAAUCCAGCCCAGCUGUUACACAUGUGAUACAAAUGAGUACUGUGCAAAUGGCCAGUGCUCUAUAAACCCCAUCAACCGCCUUCCAGAGUGCAGAUGUUCACCUGGUUGGGAGGGGCAUCGCUGUGAGUCUGUGGCCACCAGUGGAGGUGCCUCAGGUUCAAGCGGGCGCACAGCCUCCAUAGUGAUCCCUGUGCUGCUACUGUUGCUGCUGGUUCUGCUGGCUGCAGGAGCGUUGUUCUGGUAUAGAAGAAGGAUGAGAGGGGCCAAGGGCUUCCAGCACCAAAGGAUGACCAACGGGGCCAUGAAUGUUGAGAUUGGAAACCCUGCCUACAAGAUCUACGAGGGCGAGCCUGAUGACGACGCCGGGGAGCUGCUGGACGCAGACUUCACCCUGGACCCAGACAAGCCCACCAACUUCACAAACCCAGUAUAUGCCACUCUGUACAUGGGAGCACACAACAGUCGCAACUCUCUGGCCAGCACAGAUGAGAAGAAGGAGUUGCUAUCACGCGGAGAUGAGGAGCCCCUUGUGGACCCCCUGGCAUAGACUUUCCAUUGGCCUGGAUCACGCUACUCCAAACACACCCCUCUUCUUGCCUUUAAAGAAAAAACUAAACAAAAAAAAUUCGAUAAAGUGUGAAAGAAAAUUGAUAAAAAGUGUGAACACUGUAUAAAAUGUACAAAAAUGAAGGACUACUUUUGUAUGUGAUUGCAGUAUUAUAUUUUGUUCUUUUGAGAUUCUUCUGGUCAAAAAUGAAUAACAUUUUCUAUGAGAGAUUUUUAAUUUACACUUUGUCCCUUACCCUUUACCUAAAUAGCCACUACCUCUGUGCAAAAUGAAAUGGAAACAAGAAAAUCAGAAGAAAAGAUGCUAUCAUUGGAGCAAUUUUAAUUUUUUAUUUUUGUAUGAAUUGUAUAGAGAAGAAAAAACAUUGUUCCAUUUCACCAGUGCCAACUGUUUGUUGUUUGUGUUGACUUUGAGCGGGAAAGGCAAAACUCAAAGUUUUCUAAAUCGGUACAUAUGUUGUCUCGCUGGAUUUCUUAGCGAGAUUGUGUGAGACAGAUUUGUGAUAGCACCGUUUGUGUAUAGCACAUGUAAAAUGUCAAUACCAGGUGGCAACUACAGUAUUUCCACAUAUUUUUUUCUCAGAGAACAAUGUUCAUGAAAUGAUUGUGUUGUCUUCCUUGCACAGAAUUAAUAUUUUACGGUAUAGUGUAUACUGUAGGCUUUAUACCGUAAGAUGUAAAGCAGGUAUGUUUGUUUUUAUCACAUUGUAUGACAGUUGGAGCUCAUGUGUUGCUGAAGUGAGAGGAUGAUAGUUGUUUCGGUGUGUGAUUAUGGAGCUGGAAAGUAAGGAAGUUGGUCAUGGGUUAAACAUUCCAGGCAGAGUGGUGGGUGGAGAUUGCAGGUGUAAAGAGAUGAUGAGGGUGAAUGCCUUCAUCGGGGGGCUAUUGGCGUACAUGUGCGUAUAUGCCACAACUGGCUAAUGAGGAGACGGCCAUAGCAGAUACAACUUUGAUAGACGGGGUAAUGCCUGUACCAUUUAGUUGUCUGUUACUUCCUCCAGAAGGAAAGGGAGGCUGCAAUUGUGGUAAAACGGAAGGAAAAAAGAUGAUCGAGAUGGGUCUUUUACUUGUCUUUUAUUUCUUUUUUUUUUUGUAAAGACC